AUGAUUAAUCAAUCUUCUUCAUCAGCAUCACCUCCAAUAAUACAAACAUCUUCAUCAUCGACAAGUAGCCAUCAUCAUUAUCAACAUGAAAAUAUUCCUCGAGUAGCCUCUUCUUCAUCAUCAUGUGAUUUAAAUAGAAUGAAUAGUUCGGAGAGUAAUUUAGAUGAUAUUCUCUCUUCAUCACUAUCAUCAACAGGUUCUAUUAAGGAACAUCGUUCAAUGAGACAAUCUUUAUCUAUUCAACAACAACAAUAUUAUAAUCAAUCAUCUGAUUAUACUUCUAAUUCAUUAUUAUUUGAGCCUAAAACUUUAUUCUUUCCAUUACCUAACAAGUAUAAAACAAAAUUUAGUCUCUAUCUAUUUAAUGAUAGUUCAACUGAUUUCAUAGCCUUCACUAUUAAGAAUCCAAAUACAAAAUAUUUUGAAAUUUCAUCCGAAGCCUAUUUUCCAUCACUGAAUAGUAAUUCAUCAUCAUCGUCAUCAUCUUCAUGUUCAUGUAAUAAUAAUUGUUAUGGAUGUAGUAAUAAAGAUCCACAUGAUUUAAUUAGAAAAACUAAUAUACCAAAAAUAACAUUUACACAUAAAAUGGAAGUUAAAUUUUCAUAUCCAUCAGAUGAUAAUAUAAAUGUAAAAUUUGGAGAUAAUAUAUUAUUAUUAACACCUAAAAAAUUAAAUUUUCAUUCCCUAAUUAGACCUGAUCUUUCCAUAAAUGUAAAAUAUAGUACUUUACAAAAUUAUAAAAAAUUAUAUUCAUUAAAUGAAUUAUAUUUAAAUCAUUUAAUGAAUAUAAUAGAAAAAGAUGAAAUUCAAGAAGAAAUUCAAAGUUAUUAUUGUCCAUCAUGUUUAACUGAAUUUGCUAAAAGUGAAGCAAUGUUUAACAAGAUGAAAUGUCAAUUUUGUUUUUCAUGUCCAUCAUGUCAAUGUAAUUUAAAUUUAGUUACAAGAAAUUUACAAACAUUUUUAUCAUGUCCAUAUUGUUAUUAUGAUACUUUGGAUAUUAAUUUAAAAACAAAUGAUUCAUUUAAUCAAUUAUUUGAAAUUGUAAAGGAAAAUGAUAAUAGAUUACAAUCAGAUUUUAAUUUACAAUUAAGAAAAUAUGCUGAUCAUGUUAAAAAAUUAAAUUCAAAUUCAAAUUCAAAUCAACAAUAUAGAAAAUUUUCAAUAGUUUUAGAUUCUUAUGUAACUGUGACUACUAAUAGUAAUUCAUCAUCUAAUAAUAGUAAUAAUAAUAGAAUUGGUAAUAGUAAUACUUCUAAUUAUGGAAAUGGAAUUGAACCAUUAACUCAUUCAUCAAAUGAAAGUUUAGAUUCCUAUUUAAAAAAAAGUGAUCAAAGAGUUCAAUACAUGACAUCAAGUGAAUAUUCAUAUAAUAAUUUAAUAUCAUUUGAAAGUAAAUUACAAAAUAAUAAUAAUAAUACAUUUAAUUCUAAUAAUUCUAAUAAUAAUAAUAAUGACAUUUCAAUGUUGUAUCCACAGAGAAAAACACUUUGUAUUAAAAAGAUUAAAAAAUAUGGAGAGGAAAUUAUUGUUAAAAGAGAUUCAAAAAAUCAUUCAACUAAUUUUGAUAUUAAUUAUAAUGCAAUUAAAUUUUUACCUAAAUUUUCAAUACUUAAUGUACCAGUAUUAAAUGUAAAUAGAGAAUCAGAUAUAUAUUUAUUAAUUACAAAUCCAAAUGAGGAAUGUAGAUUAUAUUUAAAUUUAGAAUCAUUUGAUAAUAAUGUUAAAUUAAAUUUACCUAAAAAGACAAUAGUAUUAAAAGAAAAUAAUGGAUUAGAAUCAUAUUCAGCUGAUGUUCAACAAUUAGGAAUUGAAGAUGAAAAAUUGAGGGAAUUAGAUCAUGAAAUUGAACACAUAAUUGAAAGGAGAAAUAAUCAAUUAAAAAUUAGAAUUGGAGUUUUACCAUUUGAAUCCAAUGUUAAAUUUAAAAUAAGAGUUAAAUUGAGUGGACUAUCUUUGAGUGCUGCAUUUUCAUCUUCUCCAAAUUCUGUUACAUCACCUAAUAAUAAUUCAAGUUCUGCUAUCACUAAUUCAAAUAGUAAUAUCAAUAACAAUAGUAAUAAUAACUCAUCAACAAAUGCUACUAAUAAUAAUGGAUUGACUGUUUCAUCAAGUUUAACAAAUUCAAUGAUGGAAUCAAUAGCACUAAACUCACCCAAAAAGAAGGAAAUGUAUGAAAAACAAGAAAACAAACAAGUGGAAUAUCUUGUACAUUUUCAACUUCCAAGUGCUGUUUAUACUGAAGAUGAUUUGAAUGAGCACCAAGAAAGUUCUACACCAAAAGUUGACUGGAUUAAAGUUUAUUGA